CCUGGGAGCGGCCUGCGACUGACUUCCGUUUCCGGCGGCUGAAGCACGAGAGUCCGGCGUCCCUACCCAGCGGGAAAAUGCGGCCUUUGACUGAAGAGGAGACCCGCGUAAUGUUUGAGAAGAUAGCAAAAUACAUCGGAGAGAACCUUCAGCUGCUGGUGGACAGGCCCGACGGCACCUACUGCUUCAGGCUGCACAACGACCGGGUGUACUACGUGAGUGAGAAGAUCCUGAAAUUGGCCGCCAACGUCUCUGGGGACAAGCUGGUGUCGCUGGGGACCUGCUUCGGAAAAUUCACCAAGACCCACAAAUUCCGGUUGCACAUCACGGCUCUCGAUUACCUUGCACCCUAUGCCAAGUAUAAAGUGUGGAUAAAACCUGGAGCAGAGCAGUCCUUCCUGUAUGGGAACCACGUGUUAAAAUCUGGGCUGGGUCGAAUCACCGAAAAUACUUCUCAGUACCAGGGAGUGGUGGUGUACUCCAUGGCAGACAUCCCUUUGGGUUUUGGGGUGGCAGCAAAGUCUACACAAGACUGCAGGAAAGUAGACCCCAUGGCGAUUGUGGUAUUUCAUCAAGCAGACAUUGGGGAAUAUGUGCGGCAUGAAGAGACAUUGACUUAAAACGAAAUCAUCGCAAGGACUUAUGGCCGUAUGGAAGGGCCUAGCUUUGUUUCCUGUGUCUGUGUAGGCUCCACCAUCAUGUUGAAUUUUGUCAACACUGUGACCUCUUCAGGGACUUCUUAGUUUAAAAUUCUCUCUAUUAUGGACGAAUGCAGGCUGGAUUCUUAAGAAAUGGCUCAAAAAUGGGGUUUCAGAUCAUUGUGUUUGUGACUAAAUAGAAUACUGUGUUUUAUAUUUGGAUUAGAGGGCUUCUUGUUUCGAGUAACAGGUUCUAAAUCGUUGGAACUGAGGACAAGAAUGGUUUAUUGUUAUCUAUGAUAACACUGUUUUCCAAACCCAUUAUAAGAACACAUGGAUUUUCUUCAUUAUUAAUUAAUACUAUGAAAGUUAGAUAUUGCCAUAUCACCGUAGUAGGCUGUGUGGGAUAUUGGAUAAAAUAAUAAGAGCUAUUUAUUUUGAUUUUCUACGCAGUAGGUGUGGAAGAAAAACUUGGAUUCAAUCCCCAGUUCUGACAUCUACCAGCUGUAUGGCCUUAGCCGAGUCAUUAAACUUUAAUAAGCUUCAUUUUCUUCUUCUGUUUCAAAAAAUAGCUUUGACCUUCCUACUUAAGGGUAGUUUUUAGAACCUAGAAAUCACCUAGCACAGUGCCUAGCAAAUGAUAGGUGUUGAAUAAAUGCUAAGAAUUAUUUUUACAUUGCAUAUACUGAGUACUUCUGUUACUAAGAGUAGGAUCUUAAGAGCAUAACUUGAUUAUAUUAUCUUGGUUUUUACAAGCUGUUUUUCUCAAUCUUUCUUUUUUCUUGGAUGGUAUGAUCCCAGGCUGAAUGUUUUUUUCAUCACCUUGAUAUCCUAAAACAUAAUUUCCCUUACGAACUUUUACUUACCUGACUGGACUAAAUAAAAAGCACUAACCAGAGACACUGACAUAAUUCAGUCCUCCAUCCGUCCCCACGCCUUCCAAAAUUAUCUUUAGAAUUAUUAAAGUAUACUCUUAAGUGGAAAAACAUUUCACAAAAAAAUUUUAAAGCUACUGUAUUGUACAAUUUAAUGAAAAUACUGCUUAUUUUAAAUUCCAAAAGUGACAUCUCUAAAAAUAAAAUAUUUUUCACCUACAAAAAA